GCCGAGCUGGCUGAUUGGCUGGCAUUUUGGGGAGAUGCCUGGUCUUCUCUCCAGCCAGUGGCUUCUGCCUCCUCCGCCCUUCCCCGCGCUGCGAAAGCGUCGGGCUCAGCCCCAUCCAUCACCUGGGCGGGUGAGCUGUCAGGGCAGUGGGAUCUGGAGACGGUCGCCGUGGCAGCCUGCUCGGGUACCCGCAUCUCUGAGCAGCAGUGCGGAAAAGCCUGUCUCUGAGCAUCCCUGACCGCAGCCAUGAGCAGCAGCUCCGCCAGUGGCGUCUCCUUAGAGGGGAUCUCGCUGGAUUCCUCGGAGGAGUCCGAGCUCCGCAGGGAAGCCAUGCAGCAGGUCCUGGACAACCUGAGUGACCUGCCCAACUCCACCGGGGCGGCUGACCUGGAUCUCAUCUUCCUCCGAGGCAUCAUGGAGAGUCCAAUAGUAAGAUCCUUGGCUAAGGAGACCAAGCUGGAGGCCGUGAGGGGACAUAACGUGGAGCUGGUGCAGGAGAUCCUGCAGACAUCGCCCACGUCUCUGGGAGCACAGCGCGGCCGCCGAGCUGGCCCGCAUCUGCAGGAGCCCCACUCUCAGUCUCUCCUAGAAACCCACGACUCGGUGGCCUCCAAGAGCUACGAGACGCCCCCACCCAGCCCCCUCCUAGACCCGAUGUUCAACAACCAGCCGGUGCCGCCGGAUGCCGUGCGCAUGGUGGGGAUCCGCAAGACGGCCGCAGAGCACCUGGGCGUGACCUUCCGGGUGGAGCGGGGCGAGCUGGUGGUCGCCCGCAUCCUGCACGGCGGCAUGAUCGACCAGCAGGGCCUGCUUCACGUGGGUGACGUCAUCAAGGAGGUGAACGGCAAGGAAGUGGGCAACGACCCCAAGGUGCUGCAGGAGAUGCUGAAGAACGCCACCGGCAGCGUGGUCCUCAAGAUCCUGCCCAGUUACCAGGAGCCUCCCCCGCCCCGGCAGGUGUUUGUGAAGUCCCACUUUGACUACGACCCGGCCAGCGAUAACCUCAUCCCCUGCAAGGAGGCAGGGUUAAAAUUCACGGCCGGGGACCUGCUGCAGAUCGUCAACCAGGAUGACCCCAACUGGUGGCAGGCCUGCCACGUGGAGGGCGGCAGCGCUGGCCUCAUCCCGAGCCAGCUGCUGGAGGAGAAGCGGAAGGCGUUUGUGAAGCGCGACCUCGAAGUCCCCCCCACAUCCGGUGCCCUGUGCGGCAGCCUCAGCGGGAAGAUGAAGAAGAGGAUGAUGUACCUGACCACGAAAAAUGCAGAGUUUGACCGGCACGAGCUGCUGAUCUACGAGGAGGUGGCCCGCAUGCCCCCGUUCCGCAGGAAAACCCUGGUGCUGAUUGGGGCCCAGGGCGUCGGGCGGCGCAGCCUCAAGAACAAGCUCAUCAUGUCGGACCAGGCGCGCUAUGGGACCACCAUCCCGUACACUUCGCGGAAGCCCAAGGACCACGAGAGGAACGGCCAGGUCUACUGCUUCGUGUCGCGUGGGGAGAUGGAGGCAGACAUCAAGGCUGGCCGCUACCUGGAGCACGGAGAGUAUGAGGGGAACCUCUACGGCACCAAGAUCGACUCCAUCCAUGAGGUGGUGGAGUCCGGCAAGAUGUGCAUCCUGGAUGUGAACCCGCAGGCGGUGAAGGUGCUGAGAACGGCCGAAUUUGUCCCCUACGUCGUCUUCAUCGAAGCCCCGGACUACGAGACGCUUCGAGCCAUGAACAAGGCGGCGCUGGAGAGCGGCGUGGCCACAAAGCAGCUCACGGAGGCGGAUCUGAAGCGGACGGUGGAUGAGAGCUGCCGCAUCCUGCGUGGCUACGGCCACUACUUCGACCUCAGCCUGGUCAACGACAACCUGGAGUGGACAUUCCAGCAGCUGCAGGAGGCCCUGGAGAGGCUGCGGGCAGAGCCCCAGUGGGUCCCCGUCAGCUGGGUUUACUAGGAUGACGGGGAAUGGCAUGCUGGGAGCGAAGGCUUCCCCACCCUGCCCCCACGUGGAGGGCACUGCCGACCCGCCUCCCCUCGGCCCUCCCUCCUGCACAAACCACGACGUCUCAAAGCCAAGGAACCCAGAUCCCCUGCCUGCGUCCCAGGCCUGUCUUCGGGGGAGCUGCAGCCCGAGACAGGUCUUGUCCCUCCAAGGGCAGGCACUAGCUGCAGCUGCCAGUAGGGGUCAGUGAGGCAGGGAACUGGGUGCUUGUUGAAUAUCCCCUCCCCCAGAGUUUUAACCAACUUUGCCAGAGUUAGAGAGUUUCUUGUGGGCAUUCCCAAGGGGCACCCCCAGUGAAGGACCCUUCUCUGCCCUGGACACAUGGCUUGGGGGUAGUGACCCCCCAUUUCCUCCCAGGAAGGGUUAAGAUAGCCAUGGGGAGGGUUGAGAGAGCAGUCAAGGCAGGGCAGUGCUCAGGAUACCAAGCACAGCCACUUUACUGCCCAGAGUGGGCACCAGGUCCUGCUUCAAGCCAGUCCCAGGGCUGUUCCUGGGACCAGAUGCCAGCAGAGGGAGGUGGGCAUGAGGAGGGCAGCGUGAAGCAUGCUGCAGGAGGUGCACAGAUCUGGGGAUGCCAGCUGGCACCUCCCUCCAUCCCUGCGCGUUUCUCCCUUCCUCACCCAGCUGCCUGCUCCAUGCCCAGGCUGCAUCCACCUUCCUGGUCCAGCCUGAGCUGAGAGAUGCCUGCCACCACCUCCAGCUGUUUCCUGCAAGACCCCUUUGCAGCCUGGAGGCAGCUCAGGGCGUCUCUCUGCACUGGCCUAGGCCAGGGGAAAAUCUCAAUAUGGACCAACCAGCUCAGGAAAGAGGCGUUCCUGGCCAUCUUUCUUCAUCAUUCCCCACUGGGCCAGCGGGGGUGGGGAUGAGGCUGCAGUGGGGAAGGUGUGGAGGGGUUCAGAGCCCAUCACCUCCCUGGGCUAGAGCGUCAGAUUCUCCCUUAACCUGUCUCUGGAGUUCGGGGCAGGAGGCGUGUCCACCAGGGAAAUGAGCUUGGGGGGCUCAGUCGGCUUCUUGGAUAAACCUUCGAGACUAACUCACUAAUUCCCCGCCGUGAAUCUGCAGCUGCUCCCCAGCAAAGACGGAUUUGUUAUUUCGGGGCUGGCUGGCCGGGGUGGGGAGAAUUUCUGAGGAAAUGACUGACAAGUUCGGUGCGGUGGGAGAUCAGUCUCAUCCCAGGAGAGCCGGAGCACGGUACAGAAAUCAGCAGGGCUCCAAUGCCCUACCUGAAAGAGACGAAGCCACCACAUGCCCUGCCUCACCUGCUCCCACAGAAAACUCGUGGUGGAUUCGUCCGGAGUGGGACCCAGAGCCCCAGGGCAGAAGCGCAGAAGGAAUCUUCUGGGGAGAUCUGCACCAAGCAACUGCACAGCUAAAUCACUGCCGACAAUUCAGCUCACUUUACAGACCGAGCCCCCACCUCCCGGCUCCGAGCCGGAUGGAUUAUUCCCCCCUCCCAAUUUGAAUGUUUGCAGAUGUCCCAGCAACGGUCUGAAAUGCUGCCCUGUCUCUCCCCGCUGCCCCCAGCUUAGAGUAUGUGAUGUGGGGCUAUUGAAGGGGAAUUGCAGCAUCUCUGAAAAUCAAUAGCUUUAAGGUCCAAAUGGUUGAAGGAGGAACCCUCGAGGAGGGUCUUGUUGUUACAUCCCUGGUGUAGGACACAGGACGUCUGGGUUCGAUUCCCAGCUCUGCUCCAGCCU